CGCCUUCCUCUCACGUGUCCCGAUUUCCUGUGACCUGCCCCGCCCACCCUCUUCCUCUCGGCUCCAUAUUGAGGCUGAAGGAGGCAAAAUCCAGUCACAAAAUGGAGGUUAAAAGGAGCAACUGAGUCAGAACACCCCUCCCAAAAUGGCGUGUAAAGAGGAAAGAGAGGCUGAAGAUUACAAGAGGAGGGGAAGAAGAUCUUCACAGGGCCAUGAUCCUAAGGAACCAGAACAAUUGAGAAAACUGUUUAUUGGUGGCCUGAGCUUUGAAACUACGGAUGAUAGCUUAAGAGAACAUUUUGAAAAAUGGGGCACACUAACAGACUGUGUGGUGAUGAGAGACCCGCAAACAAAGCGUUCCCGAGGCUUUGGUUUUGUGACCUACUCUUGUGUAGAAGAGGUAGAUGGUGCAAUGGCAGCUCGACCACAUAAAGUUGAUGGACGUGUAGUGGAACCAAAGAGAGCAGUUUCUAGAGAAGAUUCUGUGAAACCUGGUGCCCAUUUAACAGUGAAGAAAAUAUUUGUUGGAGGGAUUAAAGAAGACACAGAAGAAUAUAAUUUAAGGGAUUAUUUUGAAAAAUAUGGCAAAAUUGAAACCAUAGAAGUAAUGGAAGAUAGGCAAAGUGGAAAGAAAAGAGGGUUUGCCUUUGUAACAUUUGAUGAUCAUGAUACAGUUGACAAAAUUGUUGUUCAGAAAUACCACACUAUAAAUGGACAUAACUGUGAAGUGAAGAAGGCUCUCUCCAAGCAAGAAAUGCAAACAGCCACUGCUCAAAGAAGUCGUGGGAGCAGUUCAAGCAACUUCACAGGUCGUGGGAACUUUGGAAGCAGUGGUGGAAAUUACGGCAGAGGUGGAAGUUUUGGUGGUAGAGGAGGCUAUGGUGGCGGAGGUGGAGGAGGUGGCAGCAGCAGAGGAAGUUUUGGGAGUGGUGAUGGAUACAAUGGCUUUGGUGAUGGCGGAAACUAUGGUGGUAGUCCUGGAUAUGGUGGCAGAGGAGGUUAUGGUGGUAGCCCAACUUACGGAACACCAAGCGGCGGAUAUGGUGGAGGGGGAGGAGGCUACGAUGGCUACAAUGAAGGAGGAAGCUUCGGCGGCAACUAUGGUGGCAGUGGAAGCUAUAAUGAUUUUGGCAAUUACAGUGGACAGCAGGCAUCCAGCUAUGGACCCAUGAAAGGAGGUGGCAGUUUCAGUGGCAGAAGCUCAGGCAGUCCCUAUGGCGGAGGCUAUGGAUCAGGAGGAGGAAGCGGUGGCUAUGGUGGUAGAAGAUUCUAACAAUUGUUCCAGCCUAAAGAGCAGUGCUUUCUGUCAAUACACAUCCAGAAGAGUAGGGCACAGUGAGUAGAAGAAACUCAGACACUUGCCAGUAUGAUGCUGGAAUUUCUCACCUGUUACUUCUUCUCUAGGCCAAUGAACAGUAUAAGGUAAAGAUAAUUUCAGUAUAGGAAUGGGCUAUCAGACAUUCGGAAAUGUUGCUCGACGAGGCACUGAGUCAUGGUUGUUGGGUAUAGAAUACGAUCGUUAAAUCUCAUUUGCAAUGUGUAAGGUGUGCUAAGCACUAUCAAGAGCACUGAUACACAGAAGCUCCAUAAUGUCAAUGUAUUACAGUGGGAAUUAGGCGGCUGGCCUCUCAGGAUAUCCUUUGUGGUUUUGGGAAACAGUGCCUACACUCAAAAGAGACAAAACUUGUUGAAGGGCAUCGGUUUCAUAUUGUACUAUGGAAUCUUCAUAUUACGAAGUUGCAUGUGCACAUUUCUUGCGAGGAUAGAUUAGAUCUCAAUUACCCCUUCCAGGCCUGCUAUUGAUUGUAAGGGCAGAAUUGAAGGAUGGGUUUAAGGUACUUGAUCUGUUCUUAAUGGAGGGGGGUGGAAUCUUGAUGGCAAAUAGUGAAAUCUCUCAAUUUUAUAGUGUGGUUAUCUGUUUUGCAAUUCUUAAUAUGAAAUCUGUAGGUUGCCAGUUGUUGGUGCCAGUGUCUUAGACCUAGUUCUCGGUGAACUUGGGGAAGUAUAAGCAGAGGACAGUGAUUAACCAGCUUUAAAGACUCUAGGAUGUAUCUCUUAGGCAAAGUGUGGAUCAAAGGACUCAGACAGGACUUCAGCAGCCUAUUGUGUAUGUGGACAAGUCAGCAUAAUUAAAGAAUGACGAGGCAGCAACAGCACCAGCUUCAACUUCCAGAAAAGUGAAGGCAUAAAAUACUAUGCUGAUAGUGAGCAUCUUUCCAAAAGCUAGUUAAAUAUCGAAGAAAUAUCGAAGAAAGUCUAGCAAGAGUUCUUCACCAGUUGGAACCUCCUUGAGUCAUAGCUACUUGAGUUGACCCAGAGUCAUAGGUCUAGCAUUUAGACCUGAAAGGAAGGGGAAUAAGAAUAGAUUGUAGAAGAAACUUGUCCAGAGGUCUGUUUCUUACCCACUGGAAAAUCUUGGCUUGGUAAGACUAACGCAGUACUAAUUUUUAAUAUACCCAUGACUGUAUUCUGAACUUAGAAAAUCCAGCCUCAAUGAUAAGUGGAACUAUAAGGUGAGUGCCAACAUGUAUCACUGUACCUCCAAACUAUGAAAUGUGAGAGACCUAGUGUUAACAUUAGCAUUUAUAUAGGCUUAGAAUAGUUUGGGGUACUUUACAGUCCUUACAACAACUCUGCAAGGUAGGUUGAGAUAGGUGGAUGGCUGAAGGUGGUGGCUUGCACAAUGAGUUGGUGACCAAGUUCACAUAUAAUGGCAAAUCAUUGAUUGGCCCAUGGUUUACCAUCUACAGGCAGGAGUGAGUGUGCACACUGCCUCAUUUGCACUCCUCGUUUUUGCUUUCAGUCAACAGCUUGGGUUGAAAGUAGGUUGUGAUACGGGAGUCCAGAGUGCUGGGUUGUUGAGGGGCUACAGCAGUUAAAUCAUGGCUUGUUCAGUUAACUCCAUGCUUGUCCGUCAUACUUGGCAACCUACGACCCAGCCAAUCGUAGGUUGUUGAUUAAAAGCAAAGGUGAGGAAAGUACAGGAAGUAGCUCAUACGUGGCUUCUCAAGCAUGGCUGUUACGUGAGAACUAGGUCACUUGCAAAGGCAGAAUCUGAUCUGGAAUGGAAUGUCCCUUACUCAGCUUAUGUACUUUGGGGAAUGUAGCAAAUUACCAGUAGUCGCCUUAGUGAUAAAUUUACCACGAAUUAAUGAGAUGUAGGGGAGUUUUUUUUAAAGAGAACUGAAGUACAAGUCUAUUAAUUUAGUUUUGGACAAACAUGCCACUUAAAAAGUAGUAGAUUGCCAUAUUUUGCUGCUAGCUCAGGCAAAAGCCAUUAGAUCCCCGAUGUUUAGUGCAAUUUGACAAUCUCAGGCUAUGAUCCUAAGGUAAUUUAGAAGUAAGAUACAUUGAAAUGUGUAGCACUAGCUUUCAAGUAAAUACAUGAUAAAUUUGGUGGAAAGAACUUGAUUAAGCAUUGCAGAUUUUCUCUUGGUAACCUCAAUUACUACAUUUCAGGCAAGAAAAUUGGUAAGUUACUCAUUCGGAACUUGAAUACAUGAUACCCCCUCCAAGUUACUGGCUCUCUUUCAGGUCUGCAUGCUAACGAAGAUAGGAGCAUGGUUCCAGCUGUUCUACGCCUGUUGGGCACCCUGACAUUCCCACUUCACUAUGAACUUGGACAGGAGAGCUUGAAGUUGUAGGCUUCUCCCAUCUGCAUAAGAUGCAAUGCAAAUGCUUAACCUAGAGCACACAGUGCUAGAGGGCAGAGUCCCUCAUCAGUCCUGCCUUUACAGCUGGCACUGUAAAGCAUGUAGUUUGAGCUUGAAUUCCAGGCUUCUGAGUGGUAAACAGCACCUGUGCUCCCUGUCCUUCUCUAAUGGACUUCACCAAGCUGCUUGUGUACUGAGCUCGGCACUCCCCAAUGGAAGAAAGAAGCAGGGGUGCUAACAAAAACGACCAUCUCUUCCACACAAGUUGAAAUAGAUGAAAUACAUCAGUAUCACAUGAAGAUAGCUCAUAGCCUAUGACAGCGGGAAAUUGAUUGGCGUGUGUAAUACUUGUAUCGAUCAAAUGCUUACAAUAAAGUGCCAUUAUUUAUCAUGA